AUGUCUACCAGCAGCUCGCACCAGGAUUCCAAUCAUCAAACAACAGCUUUCGUUACUGUGCACGCGUUGUCGUGCGGCCACUUUUCACUCCCAGAAUACCAAUUCGUACAUCCUGUUUCUCGGGAUGCCCGCCGAACAGUUCCUUCGUUGGGCUUCCUAAUACAGCAUUACGAUCGCAGCACUAAGAAACGGACACGUAUUGUGUUUGACUUGGGUCUGAGGAGGGAUGUUAAGAGAUAUGCGCCACCGAUACAAAAGCAUAUUGAGACGAGACAGCCAAUGAGUACCGACCCGGACGUCACUAAGAGCCUUGCGAGGGGCGGACUGGCACCCGAGGACAUUGACUAUGUGAUCUACUCGCAUGUACAUUGGGACCAUAUUGGUGAACCUCGAGAUUUCCCCUCAUCUACCUUUGUCGUCGGGCAUGGAUCACUUGCCUUGCUGAAUGGCACUUCGCCGUCUCUGCGUGGUGGUCAUUCCUUUUUCGAACAUGAUCUUCUACCAGAGGGGCGGACCGUUGAACUAUCGGAACCUUCAGUAGGUACAUUGAAGCAGCACGAUUCACGCAUGACAACGGGCGACGUCAACUUCGGUGGUUCCUGGCAGCCGUAUGGAAAGCUCCCCCAAGUCCUGGAUAUCUUCAGAGAUGGCUCACUUCUCAUCGUCAAUGCACCUGGUCAUCUACCCGGCCAUAUUAACCUUCUCGCACGAACGUCUUGUGAUCACCAAAUAUACAUAGGUGGUGACGCCUGCCACGAUAGACGACUUUUGACUGGUGAGAAAACAAUCGGAGAAUGGAACGAUACUCAUGGACACGUCUGUUGUAUACACGCCGAUAGAAGGCAAGCUGAGAUGACGAUUGAGAGGAUCAGGAUUUUGGAGAAAGAGGGCGUCGAGAUCAUCUUUGCACACGACGUCGAGUGGGAAAGCGAUCCAAAGAAUAAGACCCGAUUCUUCGGCGUGCAGCAAGGCAUGGAUGGCUAG